UGAGGAUGCGGGCGCGGGUGUUUCCCUUUCUGGCGUCCGGGCUGCGGGUCCUCUCCGGGAGGAUUCGGGCCGGUCGACCCUGAGGACGUGCGUGAGUUACAAUUUGGAUGUGAAAUCACUGUUCCAGCCCAACUGAAGACUGUUGACGCAGUUGGAAUGGUUCCCAUAACCUACCUUGCAAAAACGCUUCAGGUUCACAGAAUUUCCUUUGUGAAAACAACGAGCAGGGUGUCCGAGUUUUCCAUUUAGAUCAACAACUUCAAAUUCUUAGCAUGGAGAAUUCAGAGAAGACAGAAGUGGUUCUUCUUGCUUGUGGCUCCUUUAAUCCUAUCACCAACAUGCACCUGAGGCUAUUUGAGCUGGCCAAGGACUACAUGAACGGAACAGGAAAAUACAGAGUCAUCAAAGGCGUCAUCUCUCCCGUGGGCGAUGCGUAUAAGAAGAAAGGACUCAUCUCUGCCCACCACCGAGUUAUCAUGGCAGAACUAGCCACCAAGAAUUCAGAAUGGGUGGAAGUUGACACCUGGGAAAGUCUUCAGAAGGACUGGGUAGAGACCUUGAAGGUGCUAAGACACCAUCAGGAGAAACUGGAGGCCAGUAGCUGUGAUCACCAGCAGGACUCACCUAGGCUGGAGAGGCCUGGACGGAAAAGGAAGUGGGCUGAACAAAGACAAGAUUUUGGUCAAAAGGAAUUGCUAGAGCCAAAAACAAAAGAUGUGCCAAAAGUAAAGCUGCUGUGUGGGGCAGAUUUAUUGGAAUCGUUCGGUGUUCCCAAUCUGUGGAAGAGUGAGGAUAUCACCCGAAUUGUAGGAGACUAUGGGCUCAUCUGUAUUACUCGGGCUGGAAACGAUGCUGAGAAAUUCAUCUACGAAUCCGACGCACUGUGGAAACACCGGAACAACAUUCACCUGGUAAAUGAAUGGAUCACCAAUGACAUCUCCUCCACAAAGAUCCGGCGAGCCCUCAGAAGGGGCCAGAGCAUUCGCUACUUGGUGCCAGACCUUGUCCGAGAGUAUAUCGAAAAGCAUGACCUGUACAGCCCUGAGAGUGAGGAGAGGAAUGUUGGGGUCAUCCUGGCUCCCUUGCAGAAAAACACUGCAGAAGCUAACUCGUGACUCCUGCACUUUGGACUUGUCUGUUGGGAAUGUGAAAGAGUCUGGGUGUUAGUGACUGGGAAGAAGAAUCGUGAUCCUGUUUCAUAAACUAAAGCUUUUUAAAAGUUUGGUAAAAAUCACCAGUAGAUGAAAAUAUGGUUUGUCUUUUUUUUUUUUUUUUAAUGUAGUGCUUUAAAAAAAAAAAAACAAAACAUGUUUAUUUGGAGAGAGAGCGAGCGGGAGAAGGUCAGAGAGAAAGAGGGAGAGAGAGAAUCCCAAGCAGGCUCCUCACUGUCAGUGCAGAGCCCAACAUAGGGUUCGAUUCUUUGAACUGUGAGAUUAUGACCUGAGCCAAAUUAGGAAUUGGAUGCUCAACUGACUGAGCCACCCAGGCGCCCCCACGUCUAUCUUUUUAUUGGAAAUUGUCCAAAUGGAUGUUUUCAAGAUGGUCUUUUUUUUUUUUUUUUUUGAAAGAAUGUACAAAUCCUUUAAUCUUUAAAACAAGGGAUUAGCAGCACUAAAACCAGAAGACAUUCAACUGUACUAACUACAAAUAAGUCAGAAAGGACCUCUCUGGUCUACCACAUAAGCGGAGCAAAGUGGGAAAGCAAGAGUCCAUUUAAAAUCUUAACUUCGGUUAGAAAGGGAAUUAACAUUUUAUGCGUGCCCAUUUCUAGGCAUUCUUCACCGAGGGGGGCCAAGGAAACAAUUCUUAAAGUAGUGAUCGUGUAAAAUGCACCGCUGAUCGGUCAUCUUCAGCUACGCAGGAUACAGGUUGUGAAUAUGCCUGGCAGAAACCAUGCUCACGAUUCAGUCUCUCUGGCACACGUCAGAAAUUGGCCACUUCAGCUCUGCCAAGACGCACCUCCCUGGAGCUUUACCUUUGGAGGCUGGGAGAAAGGUCCAGGCCCUCAGAGAGUCAGAAAGGUGCACAGGUGUUUCUGAUGCCCACCAGAGGCAGAGAAACAGUCUGGGGAAGGGAAUCGCAUCCUGUUUCAUAAACUAAAGCUUACAAGUUUGGUAAAAAAUCAGUAGUAAGUUAAAAGGUUGUACAUUAUGUGUGUUCUCUUAGCACGGCCUCUCGUGGCUCUGUCCGUCUGCCCUUUUGCCGUCUCUGCAGGAACAACUUCAGAGAUGUUAUCAUGCUACCUGGAACAGAGAGGACCGCGGAGAACGAGGGAUCCUGUUCAAGGGUUUUAUUAAGUGUCCGUGCUCUUAGCCUUUCUUGACAGCUUAAUAAUCAAAAGAUGAACGAAGGUCCUAAGAACAGAAAUGCCUCACUGAGUCAGCUCAGCGGUCCUUCUGGCUCAGAAUCUCAGAAGGGCACUCUGUGAUCUCACUCUAAAAUUCUCUGUUGAGUUUCUCAAGAGCCCCUCUGUUCCUGCUCUGGCCCACCGUGAACCUGCCAUGUGUGAAUUUAAGCAGUAAAAGGGUCUACUUUCUUACACUUUUUCUCAUCCUUUUGUCUGGAUUUUAACCAAAGUAGAACUCCCAAAUAAUAAUCGAAGUCAUAGUUUCUAUGUUACAAAUGCAAGCUUGUUAUAUAUAGUUUGAUGCAUUAUGAUUUUGUGGAAAUUUUACCAAUUGGUAAAGCAAAAAAGACUAGAAAUAGCUUUUAUAGAGUAGUUCCAUGUUGCAUGAAAAUUAUCCUGUGAUAAAAAGUUCAAUUUCUGAUGCAAAUACAAUAAUUUACCUUUUUUCAAUUUAUAUUUUAUACCUACACCAUUCUAGAUGAAGGAUUAAUAACCCUGCCAAAGAAAAAUACAGCUGUGUGGUUGUACAGUCAAAUCUGAAUCCACAGUUCGAAAAGGGAAAAUAUUAAAGCUGGCAAACAAAUAAAAUCUUUAAAAGAAAAAAAGAGGGUGGGGGGAGUCCCUGGCUGGCUCAGCAGUCAGUAGAGCGUGUGACUCUUGAUCUCAGGGUUGUGAGUUCGAGCCCCACGUUGGGUAUAGAGAUUACUUAAAAUAGCAUCUUUUUUUUUUAAUGUUUAUUUAUUUUGAGAGAGAAUCCCAAGCAGCCUACAUACACGCUGCCAGCACAGAGCCCCACGCAAGCCUUGAUCUCAUGAACCAUGAGAUCGUGACCUGAGCUGAAAUGAAGAGUUGGUUGCUUAACUAACUGAGCCACUCAGGCACCCCCCAAAAAUAAAACCUUAAAGAAAAAACUGGCCAACGUACCCUACCGCUACUUAUUCCUUUCUUUUCUUUUUAAGUGAGAGAGGGCAAGGUGGAGGAGAGGAGCAGAGGGAGAGAAAGAGAAUCCCAAGGUCCUCGCUCAGCAUGGAGCCCAUCGCAGAGAUCAGUUCCACAAUCCUGGGAUCACAACCCACGCCAAAAUCAAGAGCUGAACACUCAACCGACUAAGUCAUCCAGCCGCCCCGACUUAUUCUUACUAAAGCCAACAGGCCAACUUCACAAAGACCUUGAGGGAUGCAGAGCCUGGCACCAGUAGGGUUCAGUCUCUCUCUGCUGAAGGAGUGGUGGGUUAGAAUCUCAGACCACAGAGAUGAAGGUCAUUUCUUCCUCUCCUUGACUUUUUGGAGUUGAGAGUUGAAGCAAUAUUGAAAAAUAACCGCCUAGAAUAGAUGAAGCUACCGAAAUGAAACUUAGAUUUCUUCUGGAAAACCACACUUAGUCCAUCUGGUAUGGGUGCCAACUGCAGAAAGGUUCCAUUGCCAGAAACUUCUCUUUUAUUUUGUAGAAACUUCUCUUGUAACGUGCCUUCCUACCUAGAAGUGCCCAGCCUGCCCAGCUGUGAGAAUACUGACCUCAGGAUCCACUGGGUAAAAAUAAAGCGUUUGGGAGCCUCCCAGGAGACUUGGUAAUAGUGAAACAAGCGUGUUGUUGUGCUGUUCAUGAAUCGAUACCUUUGUACACAGAACGACCUGCUUCGCCUUUUGUCCUAGUACCAAAAAUGCCGCUAACCCCACAGCUUCAUAACAUAGUUUUGGGUGGCCUCCAGGGGAGAAUUUCCUGUUUUGAUAAUGGAAAUUAGAACAAUGCACUUCACAGGGGAAUAAAUACUAAUUGUUGUGACUUCCAUCGAGGAAGAAGAAAAUAUGCCACUGUACUUCCUAUCAUCCCUUUUUCCUAAUUUGCUUUUGUAACAUGAAUUUUGAGUUUAGGAAAUAUGUGAAGCUGGUAUUUUUGUGUUUGACGCUGGUGUUUAUGAUGUGUCGUGCUCCUUUACUCCUUACGUUGUAUAAUUUGAAUGCAGCAAAUGAAUAAAAGUCCCUUACUGGCUGAAUAUACAA